UGUAUCCUAGAAUAGUGAACAAUUCAGUUUUCUCAAUGACCAAACCACUAGAACUUCCAGUGAUAAUUUUCAUAUCAUAUCUUGUCCUCCUUGCGGCAGGAAUACAAGAAGGUAGAUAUGUAAAGCAUGAAGCAAGUUAUGAUCAACCUAUUUCCGACAAGAUUAUCAACAAGAUCAUUGAGACUGGAGACGGCGACGUGUUUCAUUGCAUCGAUAUCAAUCUACAACCAGCACUAUCUCAUCCAUUGUUGAAAGGGCACAUAAUACAGAUGGAGCCCACCUCUUAUCCAUCAGAGCUGAAAAUCAAAUCAUCAUCAGACACUAUAGCGACAGAAGCUCAUCUGCCUACCAUUGCAUGCCCAAAGGGAACAAUACCAUUGUUACAAAAUAGUAAAGCUGAUCUGAAGACACAAUUUAGUUUUGAUCCAAUCGGUAAUACCCAUCAUCGUGGAGGGGAGAGAGCUGGGUGUACAACAUAUGAUGAAAUAUAUGGAACACAAGUUGCAAUCAAUGUCUAUGAGCCAAAAGUGCGAGGACAAAAUGAUCUUAGUGCAUCAUGGGCAUUAAUGGUAAACGGACCUACUGGAAAUUAUGAGGGAAUCGGUGCUGGUUCUAUUGUAUGGCCAAACUACCAUGGUGACAACUUUGCCAGAUUUCAUAUAUACUGGCAAGUUAAUACGGUGAACAUGCCAUGCUUUGAUCAUAUGUGUCCUGGCUUUGUACAAGUCAGUACGAGUGUUGGUAUUGGUGGGAGAAUUGAACCAGUUUCUACCUAUAAUGGAGAUCAGUAUGAAAUUACUGUUACUAUAUCAAAGGACCCGAAGACCGGAAAUUGGUGGCUAGCAUAUGGGCGUGAUAAAAAACCACUUGGAUAUUGGCCUCCUUCAAUUUUCACCUACAUGAAUGAAAAAGCAAGUGCUUGUUUUUGGGGUGGGCAAGUCCAUGGACCAACAGUUCAAUUACACCUUCCAGAACUGGGCAGUGGACAUUGGGCAGCCACUGGACCUGGGAAAGCUGCCUAUGUGAGGAGUAUCAAAGUCAUCAACAAAGACAGCCAGUACUUCAUUCCAGGCACACACAACACAUUUUCAGGCAGUACUAGACCAUUCUGCUAUGAUGCUGGAGAUAUCAGGUUCAACGAUGAUGGAGCCCGUCUAUUAUAUGGUGGACCUGGUAAUUGCACAAAGUGAUACAUCUGUAGUGUACUAGCAUGUUGUAUCAAAUAAAUCAAUGUUCGAGUUCAAUGCCCAUCGGUAUUUUGGUAGAUCUGAGUCCAACUAAUAUAAUUAAUAUUUGACGCGAUUGCUGGUUGUAUUAGAAAUGUUGUUUGCAACGAUGAAUCUGCUGCCACCUUACGUUCAAAA